AUGGACGGCAAAUAUGUGGACGGAAGUGCCUGGUUCUACGAACCCAACAAGAUAGCCCCCAUCGUCUUCACCGUUGCCUUUGGCAUCUCAACCAUUCUUCACUUCUGGCAAUGCAUUAAAUACAGCAGCUUCAAAAUCACCGCCCUCCACCCCUUUGCCUGCGUCCUCUUCACCGUCGGCUUCGCCCUGCGAGAAGUAGGCGCCCACCACUACAAGCAGACGGUGCCUUACAUCGUCAGCACCAUCCUCAUCUACUCGGCGCCGCCCAUUCUCGAGCUCGCCAACUUUCACGUCCUGGGCCGUAUUCUCUACUACGUGCCCUACCAUGCUCCGCUCCACCCCGGCCGGACACUCACCACCUUUGGCUCGCUCUCCUUUGUCGUCGAGGUCCUCAACGGCCUCGGCAUUGCGUGGGUUGCCCAGCCCACUGUCAAGGAGAACCUGCACAAUGUCGGACACGGCCUCCUCAAGGCGUCAUUGCUUCUGCAGCUAUUCGUCAUCGUCUUGUUUCUCGGCACGGCAGGCACCUUUCACUACCGUUGCGCCCGGGGCGGCGUCCUCACAAGGGCUACCAGGUUCCCCCUCGUCACUAUGUACACCUCUUCGCUGCUGGUUUUUGUGCGAUGCGUGUACCGCACCGUCGAGUACUUUAGCUCCGAGUCCAUGUAUGGCGCCAAGUCGGUGGAUGAGCUGAAUGCCUUGAGCCCGAUUAUCCGCUACGAGUGGUUCUUCUAUGUGUUUGAGGCGUCGCUCAUGCUAGUGAAUGAGGGACUUUGGAACGUGAUGCAUCCGAGGAGGUUUCUUCCUAGGGAUUAUCACGUGUAUUUGGCAAAGGAUGGCAAGACGGAGCUCCAGGGUCCGGGCUGGGAGGAUGAAAGAGGGUUUUUGAUGACAAUGAUUGAUCCAUUGGGAUGUAUGGAUAGGGGUAAGAAGGAGGCGCCGUUUUGGGAGACGGAUGGAAUCGGGAAGCCUGGGAAUUGA